GUCCAGGCCCUCCGGAGUCCGUUUGGCUGUUUUUGCCAUCAAAGCCCUACCCUCCCCAUCCUAUAUAUAUAUUAGUUUCCCAAACCCUAGCACCCUUCAGCCAAAAGUUUUCCACCUCAAUCGCCUCUGUAUAGCCUAUAGGUUGCGAUUGAAUCUCAGUGCUGCUACAAUGUCUUCCAGUGAGCUCGCUUGUACCUACGCCUCUUUGAUUCUCCACGACGAUGGGAUCGCAAUCACCGCAGAGAAGAUUGCGACUUUGGUAAAAGCAGCAGGCGUCCCCGUUGAGUCUUACUGGCCUAGCCUUUUUGCAAAGCUUGCAGAGAAGAGGAACAUUGAGGAUCUCAUUCUGAAUGCUGGUGCUGCUGGUGGCGGUGCUGCUCCAGUAGCUUUGUCUGCUCCUGCUGGUGGCGCCGCACCUGCUGCCGCUCCUGCAGUUGAAGAAAAGAAGGAAGAGCCAAAGGAUGAGAGCGAGGAUGACGACAUGGGAUUCAGCUUGUUUGAUUAGAUUAUUCUAAUAGUUUGUUGUCUUCUAUUCUGUUAGGCAGUUUAAGACUUGAGUGGCGACCUUGUUGAAUUUUUGCCUUUUUUGAUAGUUAUCCUUCAAGUGUUGUAAGUUGAGAAAUGACUAUAAAAUAUGUUUAUGGAGUUCUGAUUCACAGCUAGGUGGAGUUUUAUGAUUUUGUUAA